AGAACUAAGUCCCAUUCCCCUCCCACAUACAAUCACAUCCACGAGUACACUGUUAUCAUCUUUUUUCAAUAUAUUUAUUGAUAUUUUACUCCGGUAACACCACCACCUUCCAGUCAAGAUGGCGACUCAAAUGAUUCCGGUGGAUCCGGAUAAGAAGGAUGAUCAGUACUACCGUUACAAGAUGCCGGCCCUGCAGACGAAGGUCGAGGGCAGCGGCAACGGCAUCAAGACGGUGAUCCCAAACAUUCACGACAUCUGCCUCGUGAUCAACCGCCCAGAGGAGGUGCUCAUGAAGUACUUCCAGUUCGAGCUCGGUGCGCAGCGCACGGUGUCGACGAAGGACGACAAGUUCUUUCUCAUGGGCUCCCACCCGGAGGACCGCAUGCAGGACAAGCUGUACGAUUUUAUUCGCCGCUUCGUGCUGUGCAAGCACUGCCGCAAUCCCGAGACGACCAUUCACCUGGACGAGACCAAGAAGGGUGCCCCCGAAAUCAGCAUGGUCUGCGGCGCGUGCGGUAAGCGCUCCGCCUUUCUCGAGCACCGCACCAAGACGUUCAUGAUCCAGUACUACGACAAGCAUCGCGAUGAGCUGAAGAGCGCGAAGCACACGGCAGAGGCCCGCAAGAAGGGCGAGCAGCCCUCGGCCGACGAUGCAGCUGCGACGGCGACGGGUAAGAAGGAGACGGAGUCUAAAACUGUCAGCAAGUCCGACCUCGCCGACGACCGCGAGGAUCCGAAGGCGGUCUUUGCGCGUGUGCUGAAGGAGUCGUGGGGAAAGAACGACGAGCUGGUGGGGUACACGGUGCGCCUGCUGAGCCAGUACAACCUGCCUGAGCACUACGGGCCCCCGAUGGUGCUCUCCGGCAUGCAGAUAGAGCACCGUGACGACCUGCUCUCGACGAUGCGGAUCCAUGCCCGCCUGCUAAAGCGCCUAUGCACCGUGCCGGAGUUGUUCUCGCGCUCCGAGGGCUACGACGAGAAGGAGUUGACGGACUUCUACAAGCGCGAGAAGAAGAUUCAGAAGACCUUCUUGCGGGAGUGUGCGAAGGAGUUUGCUGCCAACUACACGGCGGAAAAAUUUGCCGUGCUGCUCUUUAUGCUCUUCGUCGAGGGCGUGCUGCGUGACCAGAGUAUCAUCGACUGGGCCAAAGACGAGAAGCCGCUUAGUGACGUGGAUCCCAAGAUUCAGAAGGAUAUGCACGCGAAGGUAGCACCCAUCGUGGCCUGGCUCGGAAGGGAGACAAACGCGGAUGCGUAA